AUGGAUUGGAUUAAGGAUGCUCCGACGUUUGACAAAGAAAAUUCGCUAACUCACCAAGCUUGUUGUGAAUUCAUAGAUGAAUUCAUAACCUGCAAGAAAGAUGAAUCCGAUGACAUGAAGGAAGUCCUGGCAUACCAAAUCCACAACCAUUCACAUACUUGCGAAGACAAACGACGAGGAUACAAUUUGAAAAAUCUGCAGAAUAAAUCAAAUCUAAAUCGACACAUUGCGUCGCAUCUGGGAGAAAAACCAUUCAGUUGUGGAAAAUGCCAUCGAGAAUUUGGGACCAGUAGUAUAUUGGAUGCACACCAAGCAGCACAUCAGACCGAGGCAUUGUUCCAGUGUCAAUUGUGUCCCAAAAAAUAUAAAUAUCAAUCCGAUCGUAAAAUGCAUAUGAACCUCAUUCAUCCCUCAACUCCACACAAAUCGACCGACUGUCACAAGUGUGGGAAAACAUUCCCAAACAAUAUUGCCGUGAAGAAACACCUCCGGUUAAAUCAUGGAAAUAACACAUUUUUCUGCUACUUUUGCCCAAAACGAGUUUCAAAUUACAAAGUAAGUUUUGAAAUUCAUGUCCGUCGCCACACCUUGGAGAAACCGUUCGUUUGUCGUGAAGAUGGUUGCAGUUAUUCGAGCGGUUCGCCGUCUGAUCUGAUUUGCCAUGGAAAAUGGACGCAUAAGCCCAAAAUAGAAGAGGAAACUGAGAUCUGUUACUUUUGUGGGGAAAAAAUUCUUAAGAAUGACCACGCAGUUUUGUCACAUGUGAAUAAGCACACGAUGGAGAAAGCCUUUGGAUGUGGGGUUUGUGGGAAAUUAUUUUAUGGAAAGGUGGAGAAGGUCCAGAAACAUAUUGACGAGAAGCAUUCGAGAGGACGGAGAAAGACGUGA